AUGUCGAGGAACAAAGGUUUAGCUGAGCAAGAUCUCAGUAAACUGGAUGUAACUUUGCUAAAUCCUCUGUCUCCUGAGGUCAUCUCUCGCCAAGCGACCAUAAACAUAGGAACCAUCGGGCAUGUCGCGCACGGAAAGUCGACUGUUGUGAAAGCUAUAACGACUGUGCAGACUGUACGUUUUAAGAACGAGUUGGAGCGUAACAUCACCAUUAAACUUGGAUAUGCUAAUGCCAAGAUUUACAAAUGUGAGGAUGACAAGUGCCCUAGACCCUUGUGCUACAAGUCCUACGGGAGUGGAAAAGAAGACAACCCAAAUUGUGAUGUCCCUGGAUUUGAGAAGAGCAAGAUGAAACUUCUGAGACACGUCUCCUUUGUGGAUAAUCACUACUUUUUAAAUAACGAAUUAAGGCGUCAGCUAAAUAAUGUGUAUUUUGUGUUGUAUCUUUUAUUAGGGAUAAAUAUCCCACAUCGGAAGUUGGAAGGGACACGAAGUUCUGAUGUCGACGAUGCUCACUGGAGCAGCUAUCAUGGAUGGUGCUCUGCUUCUAAUAGCUGUCCACAACCACAUACAGAAGAGCAUCUCGCUUCUGUUGAUAUGAUGCAUCUUAAGCAUAUCAUAAUCCUUCAGAAGAAGGUUGAUCUCAUUACCGAGAAAGCCGCAAUGGAACAGCAUGCUACAAUUCAGAGAUUCGUCACGAACACAAUUGCGGAGGGUGCACCUAUAGUUCCAGUCUCAGGACAACUGAAAUACAACAUUGAUGUUGUCUGCGAAUACAUUGUCAAGAAGAUCCCAGUCCUUGUGAAAGUUUUUGUGUCACCGCCAAGGAUGAUAGUGAUUCGUUCUUUUGAUGUCAACAAGCCUGGCUCUGAGUGUAGUGACAUGAAAGGUGGUGUUGCUGGUGGAAGCAUCCUCCGGGGUAUGUUGAAAGUGAACCAGUUGAUUGAAGUAAGGCCUGGUAUUGUUGGCAAAGAUGAGCAUGGAAACGCAAAGUGCACUCCGAUCUACUCUCGUAUCACCUCACUCUAUGCGGAGCAGAACGAGCUUCAGUUUGCUGUCCCUGGAGGUCUGAUUGGAGUUGGGACAACAAUGGAUCCUACACUAACUCGUGCUGAUCGUUUGGGUUGUCAUGUUCUUGGUGAAUUGGGUUCUCUCCCUGAUGUCUUUGUCGAGCUUGAAGUGAGUUUCCAGCUUCUUACGCGUUUGAUUGGAGCCAAGACAAAGGAAGCAGAGAAGCAGAUGAAAGUUUUGAAGCUGGCCAAGGGAGAGAUGCUGAUGGUGAACAUUGGGUCUAUGUCUGCCGGAGCCAAGGUUAUCGGAGUGAAGAAAGAUAUGGCGAAACUUCAGUUGACAUCUCCGGUGUGCACCACUAUUAAAGAGAAGGUAGCUCUUAGCCGCCAUGUGGAGAGGCAUUGGCGCCUCAUUGGUAGGGGUCAGAUUGAAGCUGGAACCACCAUCUCCGUUCCUCCUCCUCCUGUGUUCGCUUGA